AUGGAUUUCUAUAUUGCAUUCAGUUUUUUAUUUUUAGGAAUUAUUUCCACUGUUUGUGGUCAAUCUUGCGUGAGACCUGAAGUGACUGCAACAUCUUACACGACUCAAGAUGCAACUGUUCUCACAAAUCUUGCAUUUAUCACGGAAUUUACAUUAAAAUGUGGAAAUGGGGUUAAAGGCGUACCAUUGCACGCUGAAGUCGAUGGAAAAACAUUGCCAGCUGUGAGAGUUAAUGAAGAAGAUAGAUACCAAGUCAGUUGGGUAGAUGAUCCUGCUAGAGUUAGUUCUGGAGAUUAUAAAGUAGCUCUUUAUGAUGAUGAAGGAUAUGCAUUAUUGAGAAAAGCUAUGAGAAAUGGGGAAGAUACAUCAUCUGUCACUCCUUUAGUCACAAUUUCACUUAAUUUCCCAGGUGCUUACAGAGGGCCAUGGGUAAACUCUGAAUUCAUAGCAGCUGUACUUGCAGUGUUAGUAUGGUACUUGGCAUUUUCGGCAAAAAACAAACUUUUAGCAUAG